AUGUGGCAGGGUCUCAGCCCCAACUCCAGAAAUGAGGGAGAUGAACACAAACUGGACAUUUCCAACUGGCCACACAAGUCUGGGAGGACAGGGGAAAACACAGAUUUGAACAUUCAUAAAAGGGUUUGGAACAGGGAACUCACUCAUCAUCCCAAUUCCCACCCUCCUGUCAGCAUCAGAAAGAAAGCUCGGCAAACACUAAAUUCUUGGAGAGGGGAUAUUCUCCUGCCUUCCCACCAGCCCAAGGAUGGAGUUGGAAAAAAAAAAAAAAGUGAGCUAGACCCAAAUCCUACCAGUGUCAACCUUACACAAGAGUUUUAA